AUGCAAGCCGCCAACAUCCCUUGCUCUCUCGAGCACACCAUUGACGCCCCUGCAAUCGAGGCCCCAGAGGCUUUGCCCCUGAGGGAGGAGGAUGCUGCGACCCACGGCGCCCCUGACGUCAGGCCGGCGCCGUCCAACGUUUUGAGCAUCAAGGAUGAGAUAUUGCGCCUCGCUGACCACGGACUGUAUGGAAUCCCUGUGCACAUCAAGAUCAAUGCUCGAGGCAAGAAGCAGAGCCGGUUUCCUUCCACCUACGCGCACAUCGUCACUGUGGGCAAUUGGGAGGAGCACAUCGGCGCAGUGCUCGAUGCAUUUGAAAACCCCAACGGAGUGGCCAUACUGACCGGCACGAGUGGCCUAUUCGUCAUCGAUAUCGACGUGGGAGAGAGCAGCAAUAAGAAGUCGGGGAUGGAAUUCUGGCACGGGCAAGUGAUGGAGUAUGGGGAGCCUGAGACUCUCUCCGUUCGCACGGGCUCUGGAGGCCUCCACUACUACUUUCGGCUCGAUAAAACCACCGGCUUGCACGAAACUACCAAUUUUGCUGGACUCACGCUCGAUGGGCAAAAGUUCGGCGUCGACGGGCGCGGCACCGGAGGGGUGAUUUUUGCACCCCCGAGCAGGUACGGAGAAGGCAAGGAUACACACCGCGAGUACACGUGGGUGGCCGGAGGUGAUGGUACGGUUAAGGGUAUGGCCCCGUGGCUCGUGAGCCUGAUCAACCGAGGGCGCGCCUUUGAAGGGUUCUCGAGAAAUGCAAAUGGCCAAGUGCCUCACCGUGAUGAAGCCGAUUCCGAGGAGAUCGUGCCAGAGGCCGUCGACGACGCAGAGGUUGGCGGUUCUUUGGCCAAGGCGGCUCCGGGCUUGGCGCACAAGGAAGUGAAGCAAUUGGUGAGGGAGAAGGCGAAGGAUUGCUGUUCCUUCUAUACCGGCUCGACCAUCCUACCGGACGGCAACAGAUCGUUUCAGUUCAGGGUCAAGGGGUCGCGACAAUGCUACCUGGGAAAAACGCAUAGAGGGUCCAACAACUUCACGGUGAUUCAAGGGUGCACCGGUGACUUUCAAGAGCUCUACUACAACUGCUUCGGGUCCCAUUGCUGUGGCAGCAAGCCGAAGCUGCUGGGGCGUCUCACGAUAGCCGGUGCUCUCGAGCAAGCUGGGGGUGGUGCUUUUGGACCCAAGGAUCAGCAGCCGUCGAGCCUCACUAAGCUGGCCGCUAGGUUCUCCGACCCGUUCAUGCUGUCAAACGUGAGUAAGAGCGAUAUUGGUAGUGCUUUGAUAUUCAGCAAACUGUUCGAGCAUGACAGGCGGGUCGUGUAUGACUCAGGGAGAUUCUGGACGUGGGAUGCGACGAGUUGGGUGCCGUCCGAUACGGAAGCAGCUCUGCUGAAGACCUCGUUUAUGUACCACAUGGGACGAGUCAAAUCGUUUUGGUGCGAUCGGCUGGAAUGUGCUGUUGCCGAAAAGGUUCGGCCGUUGACGACUCGCAGAGACAAUGCUCUGAACGAACUGCAGUCCCAGGCCUCGGAGAGUGCGGACAAGAGCGAGAAGGGUGUCUUGAAGGGCAUUCAAAAGGCGGAGAAGGCUAUCAUGGCAGACUUCGACAUGGAGAUGAAGAAGAUACCCGAACCGGUGUGGCGUGGGGCAGCGGUCGAGUCUGUUCCCAUCGCUCAAAGGUGUCUCAUUCCUUUGAAAGUGAAUCUACGAGUGCGGGA